AUGAUGUCGCAGCGUAAUGUUGCGCUCGCUGGCCCCUCCAAUCCCCCAACCCUCACCCGCCGCUCGCUUCACACCACCCCAUCGCCCUCUUCAUCCCUAUCGCCCACCAACACCCUCCCUACCCCAGCCGAAGCAGAAACGGAACACGCAGUAAUCUCGACAUUCGACCUCUUCUCGAUCGGCAUCGGCCCUUCUUCCUCGCACACAGUCGGACCCAUGCGUGCGGGCGUGAUCUUUGUCUCUGACCUCGCCGACAUGGGUCUUCUCGACCGGGUGCACUCGAUCAAGAUCAACCUGUACGGCUCGCUCGCGCUGACCGGUGCGGGACACAUGACCCCGCAAGCGUUGCUCGGCGGGCUCGAGGGAGAUGACUGCGAGACGGUCGAUCCGCCCAGCGUGCCCCUGCGGUUCGAGCAGAUUAAGGAGGAGAAGAAACUGCAUCUCGGCAAGAACCUCUUCAAGACCCUCGGGAAGGGGAGAGGCGAAGUGACAGAGGGCAAGAUGGUGGAAUUCGAUUACGACAGGGAUGUGAAAUGGAUGUUUGGCCAGGUGCUGCCUCACCAUUCGAACGGGAUCCGGAUGAGCGUUUUUGAUCAAGAGGGGACGAUGCUGGGUACCAACGAUUACUACUCUGUUGGAGGAGGAUUUGUGGUCAACGGCGCGCUAGCGACCUCUUCCUCCACAUCUUCUUCUGGUGGCAAGCCGAAUAGCGAGGACAAUACGGCGCAACUGCACGACGAGACACUCGAAGUGGCCGCCCACCCGAUCGACUGGGGCGAAAACGUAUUCUACAAGCAGAUCCGACGUUCUGACGCCGAACCGAACCGACGCUCUGGCUCCUCUCCCACCGAUUCGAACCUCCUACCUCGCGUCGAGGCGCCUUCCUCUGAAUCCAACACCCUCACUCCCCUCUCCUCCAACACGCCGGCCCCUUCGCACGCAGAAAAGCUCACCGCCCGCCCACCCACCGGCCCGCCCUUUCCCUUCCACAACGCCGCCUCGCUCCUUCGCCAAUGCAAGACGCGCAACUUGACCAUCGCCCAGGUGGUCUACGAAAACGAGCUCACCUGGAACCCGCCCGACGUCGUCCACGACAAACUGGUCAAGAUCUGGAGCACGAUGGACGAAUGUAUCCGCGCCGGUGUUGAGAGCUCGGACAAGACCCUACCUGGGCCGUUGGCGGUUCGACGACGCGCUCCGUCGCUCUAUGCGCGGUUGAUGAAGGGUGUCUACCCCACCACUUCGCUUCCCUCGUCCCGGACAGGGGAGAUUGGCUUGGGCGAAACGCCAGGCAUAGGGGGUUUGUCGCCGGUGUCCACGUCGCUAACCACGCGACCUCGCGUGAUUGGCAGAUUCAACCACCCCAUCCCACCUUCUCCACCACGACGAACCAACUUCCCCGCGAUCGACUACCUCACGUGCUACGCGAUCGCCACUAACGAGCAGAACGCGGCAGGAGGGCGCAUCGUCACGGCUCCCACCAACGGUGCGGCCGGCGUCCUGCCUGCAGUGCUCAAGUACUGUUUCGAAUUCAUCUUUGACGACGACCCUUUGCGCGAUCUGACCAACUUUUUGCUCACGGCGAGUGCGAUAGGGAUGCUGUUCAAGCGCGGGGCGACGCUGUCGGCGGCCGAGGGGGGGUGUAUGGCCGAAGUGGGCGUGGCGACUGCCAUGGCUGCGGCAGGGUUUGUGGCCGUGUUGGGUGGAGGACCGGAGAAGGUGUUGCAAGCGAGCGUGAUAGGGAUCGAGCACAAUUUGGGGUUGACGUGCGAUCCGCUGAAUGGACAGGUGCAGAUUCCGUGUAUCGAGCGAAACGCUUUGGGGGCGGUCAAGGCGGUUACCGCGGCACAAUUGGCGUUGGCGGGGGAUGGAAAGCAUAGCGUCAGUCUGGACGAUGCGAUUACGGCGAUGCGGGAGACUGCGAGGGAUAUGCACACGAGUUAUAAGGAGACGAGUCUGGGUGGGUUGGCGACUGCGGUCAAGGUGCCUGUUGCCAUUCCGGAUUGUUGA